UUUGUGGAGGGCGCUGGUUUUGUCAGAGGAAGCUGCAACGUUCGUAAAGUCACUGAGAUACGCAAAAUGAAGGGUCUUGUGCUGAGCAUCUUUGUCUUCUGUGCAGUUCUUGCAACUGCUUACAGCCUCAAGUGCUACGUUUGUACCGGAACCGAAGAGCAAUGUAGCAAGAGCAAACUGGAAGCAAAUAAGGCCAGCAGAUCGGUAGACUGCUCAGGCGGCGAAUGUAUAAGGUUCUGGGGCAAAAAAGACGACGUAACUCUAGUGAUUAACUCUUGUGGAGGUAGCAGUACCUGUGCUAAAACAAAAGAGGCUUGUGACCAGGUCAAAGACGGGAAAUGCGCAGUCGGCUGCUGUGACUCCGACUACUGUAACGCGGGCUCUUCAUAUUCUUCCAGUGUGAUCCUGAUAACCGUUACCUCUGCCUUGGGUCUGGCACUACUGAAGUAGGCUGGUAAAGGAGAAGGAACCCUGGCACGUUGAUAUACGUAGC